CAAGAUUGGUGGUUACUGGGAAACGUGAAUUUAACCAUUUUUUUUCAGUGUGUGCGUGGUUGAGAAAUAUAGUCCUCUCCGUUAAAAAGUUGUAUUAACCUCCGAUCGGUGUUCGUUAACGUAACCACGAGAUGAGCACGUAUAGAUUCGGACAGCAGAUCAUCAAGUCAUCUGUAGUGUUCUUUCAGACGGAAUUGUCAUUUGCACUUGUGAAUAGAAAACCUGUACUUCCCGGACAUGUAUUGGUUUGUCCUUUCAGACCAGCAGAACGUUUUCGUGAUCUGAAGCCCGAAGAGGUAGCUGAUCUGUUCCAGACAACUCAAAAAGUUGCAGACGUUGUAGAAAAGCAUUUUAAUGCGACUUCGUUAACAAUUUCUAUUCAAGACGGCCCUGAAGCCGGGCAGACCGUAAAACAUGUUCACGUGCAUGUGCUUCCAAGAAAAGCUGGGGACUUUGACAGAAAUGAUAAAAUAUAUGAUGAACUUCAGAGACAUGACAAAGGUACGGAGGAUGUUCCUACAAAGUGGAGAUCUGAAGAAGAUAUGGCAACAGAGGCAGCAGAUCUUAAAAAAUAUUUUAUAUAACGCUGAAGGAAAUAUAAGGAAAACACAUAUAUUUGUAUAUUGAUUUUUUUUUCUUACCAAUAACAUUGCAUCACGCAAAAUGGUUAUUAUUUUAUUCAUUUGUAUGUUUUCAUUUGGCAUACCUCGAAAUGGCCUGGCCAUGUUCUGUAGCUGAAAAAAAAUGACAUCUAUUUUCUAUCUGACAAGAGUUUGCAAAUCAGAUGUACUUUUUUAACUGUGCACAUGGGCUUUAAUGUUUCUUUUUUUAAACAAGAAACAUGUUUAUUAAAUGAUCAUGUAUGACCUAGGCAAUGUUGCAUUAAUAUAAAUGAAAAUAAACCUGUUCCAUUUGC